AUGCGGAGGAGCCGGAGGAGCUACCUCGCUUUGGUGACGUUGCUGGCCGUGGCGGAUGCAUCUUUCGAAGAUGAUGCGGAAAUUCAAGUUAGCAUGAACAAAGCUUGGCCAUACUCAAAUCCCACCGAGACGUACGAGUACUAUGACUUCCCGUUUUGCAAGCCGAAAAUCGUGAUGCCGCACUUCAUGACCCUUGGUCAGGUCUUGCGUGGAGAUCGAUUAGUGAAUUCGCUGUACCCAAUGCAUAUGAAGCGACAAGUCCCAAGGACGGUGAUUUGCUCAAGGAGAAUGAGUGAGGCGGAUAUUCGUAUGCUCAAAGAAGCCAUAGAUCAGAACUACAUGUUCGAGCUUUUCGUUGGUGAGCUGCCGAUUGACAGACCAUUCGGCGUUGUGUCGACAAUGGGGAACGAAAAGGAUGAGCAGGUCACUGACAGGUAUUUCCUUGUUAAUUACCUCGACUUCAUUAUCGGCUACAACGAAAAGGAGGUGGUGUCCGCAAAUGUGACCAGGGAGCUCAACCUAGAGCACCUGGUCGACAUCACCGAGUGGAAAGAGGGAAUGGUGAUCCAGUUCUCGUACUCGGUACAGUGGACACCCCUGCCGCACAUCCUUCCCUCCCAAGCUUUGGAGCUGCAGCUGAAGUCCACGAUGCCGCAUGGGCACCAGAACAUGGACAUUCACUGGCUCGCAAUCAUCAACUCCUUCGUGCUGAUGUUGCUCAUCUUGUCGCUGUUUCUUCUGAUCAUCAUCCGCGUGGUGCGGUCAGAUCUGUCGAGAUAUCUCCAAAUUCCAGACGAAGAGCUCAAUGCCGUGGAAGAGGAGACAGGCUGGAAGCUGCUGCACGCGGAUGUCUUCCGCGCUCCCAAGCAUAGGCUCUUCUUCUGCUCCGCGAUAGGCGCCGGUGCGCAGAUGACCAGUAUGAUGAUCAUGGUCGUGCUCGUUGGUUGCAUCGGAGCCUACUACCAGCGUGGAGCGGUUGCCUCUGCCGCGGUGAUCUCCUACAUGGUCACAGCUCUUCUAGGCGGAUUUGUGAGUGCCAACCUGUACCAGAAGCUCGGGGGUGAGAAGUGGGCCUGGAACAUCUUCAUGACAGCCCUCUGCUUCAUGGGACCCGCCUUCUUGAUUUGGUCCUUUCUGAACACGGUUGCCAUCUUCUAUGGCUCCACCGCUGCCUUCCCGUUCCCGACCAUAUUGCUGAUGUUCGCAAUGUGGGCAUGUGUUACAUUCCCACUGACGGUCCUUGGUGGGAUCAUCGGGCGGCAUCGAUCCCUGAAGCAGGCGCAGGCUGAGGGAAGUCCUUUCCCGUGCAAAACGAACAAGCUAGCGCGGGAGAUUCCGUCGUGCCGCUGGUACCAGAGUCCCGUGACCCAGUUCUUUGCAUCUGGGUUCCUGCCCUUCAGUGCCAUCUACAUUGAGCUGCACUACAUCUUCAACUCUGUUUGGGGCCCUCGGAUAUACUUCCUCUACGGGAUAUUGCUAUUGGCCUUCACAAUGCUCUUACUAGUUGCCGGCACAGUGACGGUGCUUUUCACGUAUUUCCACCUCAAUGCGGAGGACCAUCGUUGGUGGUGGAGAUCGUUUGGUUCCGGUGUGGCAGUUUCGGCAUUCUUCUACCUGUACUGCAUAUACUUCUUCCUGCAGACAGGGAUGAAUGGUUUCCUUCAGUGUUCGUUUUUCUUUCUGUACUCACUGCUCGCAGCUCACGGCAUCGCACUGAUGCUGGGCUGUGUCUCCUUUUACUGCUCCUACUUCUUCGUGAUCUACAUCUACUCCAGGAUCAAGGCAAGAGCCAGGCCGCCAGGCGAAGACCAAGCCAUGGUCGGAGCCGGGGACGCUGGGCAAGGAGUAGAGCCAAGCGAUGGGCACAUGCGUGGCUUGGACCACAGUGGUAUCGUCCUGGCCGUGGAGAGGCUUACACACAACGUGCUGCGGGCAGUCUUUGACGUAGUUGCGAAUGCAAAUGCCGAGGAGGAAUGCCACAAGGCAGGGCGCCAGUUCAAGCCCGGCACACGUCUGCCUGCAGCAAUCCUGCUGACAGAGCCAUGCCAUUCUUUGAUCCAGGAGGAUGGUGACUUCAACACGGCCAUUGAUCGCCAGCACCGAUUGGCCUUGGUGUCUCGCAACUUUCGACGGAUAGCCCGCCUCUUUGCCGCCCUGGACAAUGUGCACAGGCUGAACAAAGUUGGUCGAACAGCUACUCAGCGUGAGCUCUUCUACCGAGUUGUGUCAGAAGGUGGUGGAUUGUUCAGCUCUCAGCAGAUCAUGGACCGAGCAAUGCGCGAUGCAGUCGGCGCGCUGAGAAUAGGUCGGUCCCAUUUGGGUGUCCUUACGACUGAAAAGGGUCUCUUGGCUGGUGAAAUUUCGUUCAGCCAUGACAGCUGUCUUUCCGUGGCGGCACAGGGAGCGACCGGAACAUGCAUCGGAGAGUCAAUGCUGGACCACCGAACCCGCUUUCAUGUUGGCGAGCGUGCACAGAUUGUGCUGGUUGUUGAGAAAGACACCGUCUUUCAGCACCUAUUGCAGAGCAAGCUUUUCACAAUUCUGCCACUGAUCCUUGUGACUGGAAGGGGCUACCCGGAUGUUCUGACGAGGCGAUUCCUCCAGAAACUCCACAGGGUGGCUCCUCGGUUGACGCAGGUGUACUUGGGCGACUUUGACCCCGAUGGUGUGGCAAUUUAUUUGGUCUACCACAGAAGCUGCAGUCAUCUGCGCUGGUUGGGGAUGCACGAGCCAGAUGUGAGCAAGCUGCCAUCAGGGGCAUGCCUUCCGUUAUCGAAGCGCGACAGGGCUUUGCAGCAGUCUCUGUUGAGGAGGGCAGAUGUGCAAGGUGUCCGUGAGCUGGCCGAGCAGGUGCAGUCCAUGACAUGCAAGGCAGAACUGGAAGCCCUGCAUGCUGCCUAUGCAGACGACGGGAUGGCGCUGGACUACAUUGCAGUGAAGAUCCGCCAGCGCCACACGAAAAGCGGCAAUGCUGAGUUUCGGGCUGUAAUGGGAGGAUACGCGAGCUGCAUCGAGCUACCAACGGAAGAGUGUGACCCAAGCCCCGGAGAUCCCAGUGCAACCACGACGCAGUUGCGAGUGUCGCGCUUCGCUUGA